CAUCUCAAUGCAUCAUCAUCCUAUCACUACUACUGUUUAACAUGAUGAUGAGACCCAUGAGAGUUGGUUUAGCAAUGGCACUACUGCUCAUGACCAUAACCGUUCUUACUACCAUAGCCACAGCACAGCAGCAAGAGGACCAGCAACCACCUCCACCGAUGUUGCCAGUGGAAGAAGUGGGAAUGUGCAGCAGAACAUUCUUUUCGGCUCUGGUUCAGCUGAUACCGUGUAGAGCAGCAGUGGCUCCUUUCAGCCCGAUCCCACCAACGGAGUCGUGUUGCGCUGCGGUUGUCACACUUGGUCGUCCUUGUCUUUGCCUCCUCGCCAAUGGACCUCCACUCUCAGGCAUUGACCGAUCCAUGGCUCUUCAGCUUCCUCAGAGAUGCUUUGCUAAUUUCCCUCCUUGCGAUGUCAUUAACUAGAAAGUCAGUCGUAUAGGACCCCCCACCUAUCAGCCUUCUUUCUUUCUUUCUUUUUCAUUUACCUUUUCGCUGAUUAGUGUAUUAUGUGGUCUCGGACUUGCAAAACAUUAAUAAAGAUAAUGAAAAAUUCAAGUCAUUUCCAAUAA